AUCUCAUCAACUCUCUCACUCUCUCUCUCUGCUCAUUAUUGCUCAAUCAUCAGCCACCUGACUCGGCAAGCAGCUCAUGGCGAGCUUUGAUUUGCAGUCGUGUCCUCUGCUUGACCUCGUGCAUGCCUGCAGCUGCCUCCAUGCCGAAUCGAGGCAGCUGCCUAGCAUGCCUGCCUCGAAAUCAGUCACGCGCCGCCAGAGUAUUUGUUUAAUCAACGAUGACGUUGGGCUCAAUCAUGGCUUUCCCAGCUUUUGACGGAAUGCAUCUCAUGACGUCU